AUGCCGCCAGUCUUUCAAAUGGACCUCUACGAGGACUGUACAUUAAAACCAAACGGAACAUACUGCUUGGUCCAAUUCGUCUUAGUAUCAGACACACAAAGUGACCUUCUGGAUAUGAUAAACGCAUAUUCGAGUAACAAAAACACACGUUACAAUCAUAGCCUAUUACGUCAUGGUGUAUGCGUACCAGAACAAUGUGGUUAUACAAAUAAAAAGGAUCAAGUGUUGUCCCUUGAAGCAUGCCUAAAUGAUACAUACUGGCAAAAGUAUAAGUUAAAGACAAGAGUACUUCAACCGUUGCAAUGCAAUACUGAUGUUAAUGAGCCGAUUCUUUUUACCGCUGGAAAUAUUAUUGUUUUAGUAAUAAUUGUCGUCAUUAUUAUCAUGAAUCUAGUUGGGACUCUGUAUCAUUCAUGUAUGAUAAAUAGCAAAGGUAAUUCAAUCCCGAAGAAGAUUUAG